CCGCUAAAAGGUAAACAUGGAUUCUCCACUUUUGGGGAGAUCUUUAAGGAAAACGGUCACUUCAUUCACUGACGUGUUGUUUCCCAUAUCAAAAGAUGCACAGGAUCCACAACAAUACCAGCUGAAAAAGACAGGAAAUGAAUAUGUUACAAACCUGCCCCUACAGAUGGCCUUAUUCUUCAACAUUUUCUUUGCUCCAUUCUGGUUAACAGCAACACUUGUUACAUUUGAAGUGAAAUUUUCUUACUUGUCCACAUUAUAUCUGAUUUUACUGAUAGCCAUAUAUGUAGUGUUUACCAUAAUGGAGGUCAUCAGAUUGUAUGUUGGAUUUGUUGGCAACUUAGCUGAAAGGGUACCAGAGCUGGCUGGUUCCUGGUUGUUGACAGUACUGAUUCAGUUACCACUGAUAUUACUUCUACUUUUCAACACUCAGCCUUUACUUUUACCAUUUGAGCGUGCUGUACAUAUUGUAGAAGCCAUGUUUGUUGUGUUUGAAUCAAUAUGUGGCUAUUUUGCUAUCAGGACUAUGGUUAAUUAUCAAGUCACAAAAUUCCAUUUAAAACAAUUUACAGACUUAGAAAAUAUAGCAGAUGAUGAAUACUGGCAGGAUAGAUAUGAUUACUCAUAGCAGCAUUGAAUGUGAGAAAAUAAUCAAAGGAAAUAUAACACCGCUUUAUAAUUGGUCUGAAGGUCUAUAUUGUUAUGAAAAAAUCAAUUAGCAAAGUGCAUAAAAAUAAUGUUGGCUGAUCUUUGUAUGAUUUAGAAAAUAGAAUAAUUCAUCACUGAGAUUAUGAAUAAUUAAUUAAGAAUAAUUUUUGAUUGAUAAACACCUGGUAAUAGUUAAAUAUGUUGACAUCAUAAACUGUGAAAUUAUUUUGAUGCAUGAAGGGUUUUCAUUAAGAACAGACAGUCAGACACAAUGUUAAUUACUUUUCUGGAUAAAGCUUAAAUCUGACAUGGAAAAAAUAUUAAGAUUUAAAAAAAAAUGAUUUUUUUUCUAACUCUCUUGAAUGAAAAAAAGUAAAAUAGAAAGUUUAACUGAUGAAUUUAUGUAAAAUUCAAUAUUUUUAUUUUUCUAUUUAAAUGUUAAUAAUACUUUUAUAAAUGUCACAUAUUUUUUCAAUCUUUGGCAUGCCCUACUUUCAUCAUUAAUCAUGUGUGAUCAAGGUUAUUCCAGGAAUAUGUAUUUUUGGAAUUAAAUAGUGUAUUAGUUUUGUCUUUACUGCAUCCGUCCAGAAUAUUUUUUGUACAGUUUUAAGGUGAACAUUGAAUAUCAAAGAAUAACUUUAUUGUUUUA